AAAACAGACUUAUGUUAUGCUUAAAAAGCGUACUUUUCCUCCCCUCACUAUAAAUACUUCUCAGUAGCAGUCAGGUUCGAGAUUCAGCUAGCGCUCGCUCAUAGCCGAGACGCAAACCGGAUCUAACGAUCUCAUCAAUUCAAUUCUCUCGUGAUUUCAUCGAAUCUUCACCAUGGAAGAUCCUCUUCUGCGCAACCAAAACGCCGCCGUUCAAGCUCGUACCAAAGCUCAGAACCGCGCCAACGUCCUUCAACUCAAACUGAUUGGACAGAGUCAUCCAACUGGAUUGACUGCGAAUUUGUUGAAGCUAUUUGAACCUAGGCCGCCGUUGGAGUAUAAACCUCCACCGGAGAAACGAAAAUGUCCUCCGUUAACAGGGAUGGCGCAAUUUGUGAGCAAAUUUGCUGAACCUGGUGAACCGGAAUAUUCUCCGCCUGUGCCAGUAGUUGAAACUCCUGCAGAAAGAAGGGCAAGAGUGCACAAGUUAAGACUGGAGAAGGGAGCUGCAAAAGCUGCUGAGGAGCUUGAGAAAUAUGAUCCACACAACGAUCCAAAUAUAUCAGGAGAUCCAUACAAGACUUUAUUCGUGGCCAGACUUAGUUAUGAGACUACUGAGAGCAGAAUCAAAAGGGAGUUUGAGUCAUAUGGUGCAAUCAAACGGGUUCGGCUGGUUACUGAUGCUGAGUCAAAUAAGCCCAGGGGUUAUGCAUUCAUUGAAUACCUGCACACAAGAGACAUGAAAGCUGCUUAUAAACAAGCUGAUGGUAGGAAAAUUGAGGGUAGGAGGGUGCUUGUGGAUGUUGAACGUGGGAGAACUGUUCCAAAUUGGCGACCCCGCCGUCUAGGUGGUGGGCUUGGUACUACUAGAGUGGGGGGCGAUGAAGUUAAUCAGCGACAUUCAGGAAGGGAGCAACAGCAAUCAGGACCUUCUCGUUCCGAAGAACCCAGAGUACGGGAGGAGCGACAUGCUGAUCGGGACAGAGAGAAGUCACGUGAAAGAGGUAAGGACAGAGAUAGAGAACGAGAGCGAUCACGUGAACGAUCUAGCGAUAAGGCUAGGGAUCGUGAUCGUGAUCAUAGAGAGGAUAGGCACCACAGAGACCGGGAUAGGAAUAGGGACAGGGACCGAGGUAAGGAAAGAGACAGAGAAAGAGAUCGCGGACGUGAUCGAGAGAGAGGACGUGAUCGCGAUCGUGGUCGGGAACGUGAUCGUGACAGAGAAAGGGAUCAUGAACGGGAUGUAGAACAUGAUCGUUAUCGCGAAAAGGAUAAGGAUUAUGAAGUUGGGGAAACUGAUCGGGGAAGAUCUCAUGAUAGGGGUGCUGAUUACGAUCAUGUUGAAUCUAAACAUGAGAAGGAACCUCAUGGUGAAAUAGAGCGGGACUAUGAACCUGAUGAUCACCAUGGGCGGUACAAAGAACCUGGGCAUGGACAUAGGCAUGCAGAUCCUGAACAUGAUCCUGAUCACUAUAACCAUUAUGAGCAUCAGAGAGGACGGGGGCAGUAUGAUGAAGGAGAUGACCGUGGGGAUUACAAUCAAUAUCCUGAUCAUGCUAAGAUGGAAGAUGACCAUCACACUGAACGAGCAAAAUCUAAAUCGCGUGAUAGGGACAGAAACCGUGAUAAGGACCAUGAUUAUCAUCGCUCAGAGAGGUCUCAUUCUCGAGAAUAUGAUUACUAGGAACUUGAGCACAAUACUUAAUUUCUCUGAUUGGUUCUUGGUAGCUAUUUAUGGAUUCAGGCAUGGAGCGAUCAAAAGCACACCAAAAGAACUUAUUGCUUCAGCUAUCCAUAUGCACUUGCGGUUUUUCAUGUUUGAUGUUGAAAGUUUACUACUGCAGCUUUGGUGAUCUCAGUUUCUCAGUAUGGUCGUGGACUGCUAAUGUUUUUGUUUUUCUUGAAGACAUUUUAAGAAACAAUUUUUUUCUUCAGAUUUUGUGGGAAUUAUUGUCUGGAUUUUACUUUAUCUUUGCUCUAUUGAUGUGCUUGGAACUACAUGAGUUUGUUAAGUGUUAUUAUUAAAAAGUCAGAUUACUAGACCCUUUAUUAGAUGUUGAGUAAUGGUAUGUCGUCAUAAUUUUUCUUCUUAAA